AUGGAAACGAUCAAAAGCUUGCUGUUGCGGCAAACGUCACCCGGCUCGACGGCCAACUACGAUGAGGGGGGAUCGCUUUGUGGUGACCGCUUCGAGGUGGACGUCGAGAGCUUCUUCGAGGACACGACCCGUCUCGAGCCGUCGACCGUCACGGCGACGACGACGACGACGACGGAGCUGGGCGGUCGGAGGAUGCAGGAUGAUUUCAUUCACCCGAAACUAUCGAAGCUGAAGCAACCGCCGGUGAUUGUCGGUGUGGCGGUGAAGCGCAGCCUCCGGAAGCCGUCACCUCCGGAAGCGGCCCUGGCCGGGGCGCUGGUGGGUGGGACGUUCGAGCAGUGGCAUAAGGACAUAUUCGGAACCCCGGUGCUGCUGCGGGGCGAUGAUCUGAUCGGGACGGGUGUCGCGACUGAAAACGGUUACCGCGAAAGUAGUAAGGUGGCCGAUGCGUCUUCCCGUGGCGACGACGACGGCGGCCCACUUACACCGGAAGCCAGGAGCGCUAGUGAUAACGAUUUGAUCGAUUUCAGCAGCGACGUGGAGGACGCCGAAGCGCGGGCCGAGUUGUGGCAGGCACCAGCAUCGUCGCCUCGGCGGAAGAAGGUUACAUUUCAGCUGGACGAUGACGACGAUGAUGAUGAUGAUGCAGAAGAGGAAGACGGUGGCGACGACGACGACGAGGAGCUGGAGGUGGUGCGUGCAAUGCGAGAAGACAUCGAUACGUCGCGCAGGGUGCCCCGUAAUGAAAUAUCAACAACCGAGGCUGGGCAAACAGAUGACAUUGUUCGGAGCUGGAGUCCCCAGCGGUUGGUGGAGCUGGACGACGAGGACCCGGACCCGGAGCGGCAGGCCAGUGAAACGGAAACGGUUCAGCGCGCAUGCUCCUCUCCGUUACACACCGAGAGCGAGAGUCAUCAUCAGCGUCAUCGAGUAGCGAAGUUGUCACAUUCCGAUGGUGAUGGUGGUUCCGUGCGGGAAAUCGACGAAACGUCACCUGAGGAGCCACCUGAGUGGGGGGCCGAUGGGGGCCGGAACUGCUGGGAGCUGGUGGAUGUUUGUGUUCCGGACGCAUGCGCCGGAACCGAAUCGAUCAACGCGUGGCGAAGGGACCAGCACUACUACCAGCAUCUGGAGCAGCAGCAGCACCACCACGACCAUCACGGGGCCAAGCACGACGGCGAUGACGACAGCGCACGACGGCCAGAGUCGGUCGAACGCAGUAGCAGCAGCAGUCUGCUGCGAGGAUUAGAGUGCAUCAGUAGUGCCCGGUCGACGGUCGGGCACCACCAACAACAGCACCACAACGACGGCCAGGUAGCGGUGGGGGCCACUGGUAGUCGGACGCAACCGAAACGUGACAGCGAAGAGAAGGCGACCCAAGUGUGCGCGAAGAAUCCGGACCAUCGACGGGCCGCUGACGGAGUGACCUCGUUGUCGUCGGACAGUGAGAGUGAAAACUACUAUGGGACAUGCUCGCCCCCCCCGACGGUAGUGCGGUCCAGUCCCGGAUGCUGCUGCUGUCGUCCGCCACAGGACUCGGAUCGGGCGCUGCUCGUUGAGGUAACGCUCAGUGCCCACCUUUGUGUCCCAACGCCCGCUGCUGGUUCGCGGGAGCUCAGGGACAGUGCCACCAACACAACCCCGGAGCAUCGGCAACCGGAGGGUGGUGGCCAGGGCCAGGGUGCCAAGGACCCAUCGAGCGCGGACAGUGGCAUUAUCCUGCUCGACGACGAUGGUGACGAGUCGGGUGACGGUGCUGGCGCUGGUGUCGUGAAAGGACACACAGGCAGCUACUUCAGUGACGGUGCUGGUGGUGGUGAUGAAAAUCGUCCCCUUGCUGGGUGUGUGCGUGAGAACAGUGUGAGCGUACGGGAACAUUCCGUCGCUGCAGCAUCAUCGUCGUCCUCGUUCGAGGCGAGCCAACGUUUGCAGCGUCUCGAGGAGCGCUUCCGGGGGUUUGCGUCGCGAGCGGCCGGGUUAGGCGGUGGCCGUGGUGGCUCCCUGCCCUCGUUGCUAGCGGGCGACACCAACACACGCGCAGCCACCGACGUGACGCACACCAACAGCAGCAGCGUACCGACCACAGAGACAGGUGGACACCACGCAGCAGCAGCAUCAUCAUCAGCAUCCGGUGGAGGCAAGCCCGGAAGCAGUUGGCGGCAGUUGGUGCCGUCGAGGAAAACAUCCUCGCUCAACUGUUUACAGCCCGUGACUCGUGACGACAAGGAAGGCAAGGACGAGCACGAACGGAAGUGUUUUCCACUGCUGCCUAGUGGUCUGUCGGCAUCGUCGCUCCUGUCACUGUCCUGUCUGGACUUCGAGCGGCGCGAAGCUCGGAAACAGCAGCAAUCAACGGUCGACCGGAACGGUCGUCACGGUGUCGCCCCCUCUUCUGACGGUGGACUUUCGAAAGCCGUUUCGUUACCGUCGCUACCGUUCAGUGAGUCGUUUGACGGCCAGCAAGCGCAGCGCCACCGGCGGCCGGUAGAGGAACUGCGUUGUCUGCACGGGCAACGGACUGCCAACGACACGCCGGAAAGCAGCGGUGGUGGCAGUGGGGCCGAAUCGGACGAGAUCUGUACGAUCUUCCCCGGGGGACAACCGCGGGUCCUCGAUCCGUUGGAGUUUGUCGACGAGACGAUUCUCGUGACCGACGGUGGAUCAACCGACGCGGAGGACGACGACGAGCUCGAGGAGGACCUUACCUCCGAUAGUGGUGUUGGUGGUGGUGGUGGUGGUGGACCCGUGAGUGAGUUUGGGCGGCUCGAGAAGCUGCUGGCCGCGGAUCCGCACACGAACUGUGAGUUCGAUACGCGCCACCUCCAGGACUACGAGCCGGCCGUCUAUAGGAUCAAGUACUGCUACGAUGAGCUCGAGGAGGAGCUCGAGGAGGAGCUAGAGGAGGCUGUGCAGCGGCAGCAGCAGCUGUUGACAGGACGACGGCCUAGCGGGGCACCGUUCCCGGUGGGACCUCCACCAGCGGUACCGCCUCCGCCACCGAAGGUCAGUGUGUCAGUGAGUUCGGUGGGCCGUGAAGUAGGAAUCGCAGGAGGAGGAGAAGCAGGGUCACCGGGUGCCGAACGAGUGGCCAGUGUGAGUGUGCUCCAGUGUAACCGGGCCGGGGUCGGGUCCGAAGUGGGGGAAGUAGUGGUGGAUGAUACGAGUGAUACACCGCCUCCGACUCCACCGCCACCGCCGCCACCACCCAAGGGUCAGUCCCUGCGGAAGCGCACGGCGGAAGUGGUGGUCCGCGGUGUCGGAGUGUCCGGGGUGUGUGGUUGUGUGAUCGAAGCCGUGCCCUUCUACCGAUCGGAGGCAGCGGCCACCACGAUGCGGGAGACGGCGGGGGGUGCGGGGACCCUGCGGGGUCUGCUGAAGAAGCCGAACCGGCCGCCGCCGGUCCGCAAGAACCGGGUCGUGUUCGACGAGACGCGCAACGAGUUCUUCGAGGCGGACUACAUCAUCCUGAUCCGCGAGGACUGCCCGUACGACGAGGAGGACGAGGAGCCGUGCACCUGCGGUGAACACGAGCUCGUUCGAAUAUGUUGUGACGAAGGCUGCAACUGUGGCUACACCGACGAUGGCCGCACGCCACCGAGUCCGAAGUUUGCUCCCCCGAUCGAGUUUGUCGACCAGGCCACGCUGAGCCCCCCGGAGGGCUACAAAGACGGCAGUGGGCUGCUUGACAAUGCACUCGGCGGGGCACUCGGGGGACACGUCUUCGGCGCACAACAUAUUCAGCAGCUCCAGGUUAUCCAGCGGCUACAGCAGCAACGGGCUGCCAUGCUGGCAGCCAGGGCUGCUGCUGGCCAGCAGGGACAACAAACGGGCACCGCAGGCCAGGGCCAGACCGCCGGUCCACAGACCGCCGUCCCGGGUGGGCAAACGCCGCAAUCCCAACCGUCGUCGCAGCAGUCGCAACAGCAGCAACAGCAGCAACAGCAGCAGCAACAAACUGCAGUGUGCACCGAGUGUGCCGAAUGCGCCGAAUGUGCCGCCAAGCAGAUGCACGACGAGGAGUGUGACUCCCAGUGCUCGGACGAUAUGUCACCGAUGCUGGAGGCACCGUUGCCGCCCCACGCGACGCUCCCCAUCGCGCUGGUGCCGCUGGCCAAGGCGUCACCGGAACGGCGCGUGACGGCGAAGGAGAUUAUCGCCGGCGAAGAGCGGCCUAAAUUUCUCACCAUCAAACAGGUGCAGGACUCCAGCUCGCAAGAUGGCGGCGAUGGCAAGGGAGCAGGUGGUGGUGCUGAUGGUUCGGCGGCCACAAAGACGACGGCGGCUGCGAGCUCACAGCGCUACAUCGUCGAAACGAUCACAAUGACGACCGUGACCGAGCGACGGAUCGUCUCGAAAGGAACGCCGGCGGCGGCGGCGGCCACCGAUCCGACGCCCUCUGGCGUUGCUCCCCCCAACGCCACCACCACCACCACAACAACAAGCUCGUCCUCCUCAUCCACCACGCUUCCCACUAUCGUUCCAGCAGCAGGCAACGAGGGUGGCUCCACGGCGGUACCGCUGGCAACGGCGGCGGCGGCGGCAGCGGCGACGGCGGGUUCAGGUGGCCCCGGAGUGGGCAUGUCUUCCAUGGCUUCUGCCCAAGACUAUCGGCUUCUGCAGCAGCACCAACAGCAGCAACAGAAACAGCUGCUCCGUUCCAACUCCGAAACCUCGCAACAGUCAGCGUCGUCUGCGGCCGCGGCCGGAGCAGGUGCUCACUACGAGCUUGGGAAGCAUAGGCCGCUCAGCACGGCACAAGCCAUCAGCGGUAUCCUGAAGGGGGGUAAGCUGUGGAAAAACGAACAACAACACCAGCAGCAACAGCAACAGCAACAUCCGCAACACCAGCAACAGCAACCACAACAACCAUCGGCCGUUCAGGUGAGUUCCUCAAGCGCGCAGAACGACGACUCGACGAUGGUGACCUCGGACGAGGAGACGAGCUCGAAGCGCUCGGUACGGUUCAACGAGGAGUCCACGAUCCGGGAGGCGUGCUGUGACGGCGAGGUGCAGUCAGGGCUGGGCGAAGGGGAAGGAGGAACCUGUCGGGCCAUCAACUACAUGUCGGACACGCUCAAGCGUCACUCGUCCGGCUUGUUCCACAAUGCGCUCCGGCCCAACUCGGCGGUCCGCCAGCUGUUCCCGAGCAGUGCCAUCCAACCGCUACUCACGACGGCCAUUUCCGGUACGGGCGCAACACCGACGGCCACCACGGUUACGCUGGCCACCUGCAACACGCCAACAACGAUGGUGCCCGGCGCGGUCGCUGCGACCGCACCGAGUGCCCACGGUCCGACGGUCCUUACGCAGGAAGCGCUGAAAGCGUUCGACGACUCCAAGAAGACGCCGGCCAGUGCCGGUCUGGUCCAUCAGCACAGCCUGACGAGCAACUCCGGCAGCAUGACCAACAUCCCGAGCAGUGCUGCCGCUGCGUUGGCCGUGUCGGGCGCCACGGGUGCCGGUGAAACCGACACCAUUCGGCGGACGAUCGAACGAAACGCCCUGCGACGAUCCCUCAUCAAGUACGAACCAAAGAAAAAGAUCCCGGUGAAGGAUGUCACAUCGCUUGAGGAACGCAUCCGGCAGCUGACGUGUGACAUCGACGAUCCGAUCGACGAGUCCGGUGGCAGCGAUCAGGCCGGCGACGGAGGUGAGCUCGGGGAGAUGGAGCGCAGGGACAGUCCGGCGGGCGAGGAGAACCCACAGCAACCGAAGUACAUCCCGGACAAGAGCUUCUCGCCCAGUUCGUCGGCGUCGAGCUCGAGCAGCGGUUCGAACGGGUCGACCUACAAGAAGAUCACCGAUCUGUUCCACCGGGACCGGCGGCAGGAGAAGAUCCCGGAGGCGGACGAGAACCCGAUCGUUAUCAUCCCGCAGGACUGCCGUUGCCCGGCGGGUCCGGACAUUGGAAUGGGCGUUCAAAUACAGGGCGGACAUACGCAGAUCCACCAGCCACCGCAGCAGCGCGGGCUCGAUUCGCGGCGCCAGUUCCUGUCGACGCUGGCCCCGCUCACGGCGUGCGUGGCCGGCCAGCGGGACGACCUGUCGUACUACACGCUGGCCCACCCGGGCGACCGCAGCUCGAUGGCGAGCUCGCUGAGCACCGAGUACAGCAUAGGCGACAUCGAUGCGGCCCUGCACGACGACGACGGCAAGAAGGUGGCCCCGGAUGUGAUUGCCGGGACGCCCGGCCAGGAGUCGGACGAGCUGGCGGCCUUCGUGCAGCAGGAGGGCGCCCGUACGGAGCGGCUGAAGAAGCGGUACAGUGCGGAAACGUCCACCUCGGCGCCGGCCUCCGGUGCCGGGUCGGAUGACGACGAGCAGAACGACUACGGCUUCAACUCGCGGCCCUCGGUGCGAGGGAUCAAGCCACGGUUCGGUUCCACCAACGAAAUCCUGCAGCAGAUGCAGGCACAGCUGGCCGCACCGUCCAAUCCCGCCCAGGUUGGAAAAACGCCAACGUCAGCGGCGGGCGCCCAGCCGGGUCAGGGUGGGCCAAUCCAGUCGAACACGCUGCCGAGGCCACACACCGCUAGCAGCAUGCAUGUGGCCGCUGCCAAGCAGCAGAUCACGACCCAUCAGCACACGGCCUCCUGGAGCUACUACCCGGCCGUGGACCCUGCAACGGCCGCGAAGGGAGUCGCCCUUCAGCCGUCGUCGACCGGAGCGCAACCACCGGCCGUAGCGGCCACGACUCAGCCCGGUGCGGCCAACGCCCACCAGCCGGGCAACCUGCUGGCGGCUGUCGAUCCGCACGGUAACUACUACCACAUUCCGGUGCAGACGCGCCACAGUUACCACGGGCAGGAGGCAAUCUAUCAGAACUGCGCCAACUUGCCGCUCGGCAGUGCCGUGCAGGUGCAAUCGCACCAGAUCCACACGCAGCACCAGGCGGUCCACACGGCGCACCACAUCCACCAGAUGACGGACACGGCCGCGGCGUACGGCAAGUUUGCCCGAAGUCCGACGCGCCGUCCCGAGUCGCCGCCGCCGUUGCGCAACUACCACCAAACGAUGGUGCUCAUCCCGUACAACGCCGAAACGUACCACCGCUACACGGCCCAGGAGCAGGAGAACUACCGGCGGCAGCACAACAUCGUCGAGUACCAGCAGGUCACCCAGCAGACGAUCCGAGUGCCGGUCGGGUACCCGUUGCCGGGGAUGCAGCUGCACGUGGUGGCGGCCGGAGCCCGGGCCGCCGGACUUCCGCCGCACUACUCGACGCUGCCCCGGCUAGGCACCAACACGGCCCCGGUCAGCGUGGCCACCGGCACGACGGCGGCAGGACCUCCGGCAGCACCGGCUAGCGCUGUCUCAGCGCCGCCACCACCCCAAGGGAAACCUCCCGCUUACUCACAGUACCCGCAGGACGGCAAGCCGGGCGUGGUCAAAUUUACCGAACGGGGUGCUCCCGAGGGUGCGGCCAGUGUGCAGCAGCAGUCCGAUGUGGCCUGCAACCUGCUGUCACCGACCGGGCAAGGUCACGGUCCUCCGGGAACCUCGGUGGCCGCCGCCAGUAGCUCGGCGACGACCACCGCGGGCACCACUAGCGGUGGGGGCCAGGCCGGAGCCGUCGUAUCGGCGGCCAACGCCAUCAUGACGUCCAGCAGUGCGCCGAUGCCGAGUGCCCAGGCCACUGGCCAGCAGCCACAACAGGGUGCGGUGUUCUACGCCAUGAACGUUUGA